CCGGAGGGCCACCGAGCUCUCGCUUCCGCCUUCCGAGCCCACCGUUUUCCGCCCCCGCUCCAUCCUCUCCCGGACGAGGAGACAAAAGGUCCGAGGGCCCCCCCCAUCCCCCCCCCCCGGGGGCGUCCAGUCCUGCUGCAGCCGGAGCGUCCUCCAGAGUGGAUAAAGAAGACUACGCCCUUGUUGUGGAUCGCUCCUUUUGGUAAGAACAUGUCGUCCAUCUUACCGUUCACCCCACCAGUCGUGAAGAGGCUUUUGGGAUGGAAGAAAUCAGCUGGUGGUUCUGGAGGAGCAGGUGGUGGAGAACAGAAUGGACAGGAAGAAAAGUGGUGUGAGAAAGCCGUUAAAAGCUUGGUGAAGAAGCUAAAGAAAACGGGACAAUUAGAUGAGCUUGAGAAAGCCAUCACUACUCAAAAUUGCAAUACGAAAUGUGUUACUAUACCAAGCACUUGCUCUGAAAUUUGGGGACUGAGUACACCAAAUACGAUAGAUCAGUGGGAUACUUCAGGCCUUUACAGCUACUCUGAACAAACCAGGUCUCUUGAUGGUCGUCUGCAGGUCUCUCACCGUAAAGGAUUGCCACAUGUUAUCUACUGCCGUUUAUGGCGCUGGCCAGAUCUUCACAGUCAUCACGAACUUAAGGCAAUUGAAAACUGUGAAUAUGCUUUCAAUCUUAAAAAGGAUGAAGUAUGUGUAAACCCUUACCACUAUCAGAGAGUGGAAACUCCAGUUUUGCCUCCUGUGCUAGUGCCACGGCAUACUGAGAUCCUAACUGAGCUCCCCCCUCUGGAUGACUAUACUCAUUCCAUUCCUGAAAACACUAAUUUUCCAGCAGGAAUUGAGCCACAGAGUAAUUACAUACCAGAAACACCACCACCUGGAUAUAUCAGUGAAGAUGGAGAGACAAGUGAUCAACAGUUGAACCAGAGCAUGGACACAGGAUCUCCAGCAGAGCUUUCUCCCAGCACUCUUUCUCCAGUUAAUCACAGCCUGGAUUUGCAACCCGUUACUUAUUCAGAGCCUGCAUUUUGGUGUUCAAUAGCAUAUUAUGAAUUAAACCAGAGAGUGGGAGAAACUUUCCAUGCAUCGCAGCCCUCACUGACUGUAGAUGGCUUUACAGAUCCAUCAAAUUCGGAAAGAUUCUGCCUAGGUUUACUCUCUAACGUUAACCGAAAUGCCACCGUGGAAAUGACAAGGCGACACAUAGGAAGAGGAGUGCGUUUAUAUUACAUCGGAGGGGAAGUUUUUGCUGAGUGCCUAAGUGAUAGCGCUAUAUUUGUUCAGAGCCCUAAUUGUAAUCAGAGAUACGGUUGGCAUCCCGCAACAGUUUGUAAAAUUCCACCAGGUUGUAACCUGAAGAUCUUUAAUAACCAGGAAUUUGCUGCUCUUCUGGCUCAGUCUGUGAAUCAGGGCUUUGAAGCAGUGUACCAGCUAACUAGAAUGUGCACUAUAAGAAUGAGUUUUGUGAAAGGUUGGGGGGCUGAAUACAGAAGGCAGACAGUGACGAGCACUCCCUGCUGGAUCGAACUGCAUUUGAAUGGACCUCUCCAGUGGUUAGACAAAGUAUUAACUCAGAUGGGCUCCCCUUCAGUGCGCUGCUCCAGCAUGUCAUAAAGCUUCUCCUCCCAUUCCCAGCGGGCGAAAUAUCAGAGGCCCCGUCCACAGACUUAAUAUAACGGCUCGUCUGUCGUAGUAUUUGUGUGCGGUCCCCACGAACUGUUUACUAUCCAAAAAUCUGAGAGGAAAAACAGCACUUGAGGUCUCAUCAAUUAAAAGCACCUUGUGGAUUCUGUCUCCUAUACUCCGAUGCUAGAUGAAAAGUUAAUGUAUAGAAAUCCCGUCUUCUGAAGGAGGAAGGGACCGUUUUAAAGACUUUCCGGUGUCUUAUUGGGCAAAGAACUAAGUGUCCCAAAGGUUUAUUAAUAACACGAGUAGUUGUGUGUACAGGUAAUGAAUCAUGAUCUCCAAUACCACAGUAUUGUGCUGUUUAUACAUUUUUAGUUCUCAUAAAUAGGUGUGUGUGCGCUGCUUCUUAACGUAGGCAAGUCUUUCAUAAAAUUACAAGUACUUAAUCUGUUAUCCCCAUUGCUCCAUUAUUUCUCCUGUGUUUUAUAUAUAGAUAUGAGUAUAUAUAGAUAUAUGGAUAUAUCUAUAUAUAUAUAAAUAUAUGUUUCAGAUUUUCAAGUUGUCAAGAAGCAGAUUUUCCUUGUAGACAAGCUAAUGUUGUUCCUGCCUCUUACCAAAAAUAAUGAAAUAUAGUAGUGGGGGAGCAAAAGUGGGUUAACCUUUGACGAUUUUGAUCACAAUAUCCUUAGUGGGGUUUAUAUUCAUACUGUUUUUAUUUAUGUUAAUCCUGUUAAGUCAUUUUUUCCUCCCCCACUAUCUUCCUGAUACCAAAACAAAGUAGCAUGACACCUGCUGCCAGUAAUGGUUGCACUGAUACUGCUGGGAUACUGUAAAAAAAAAAAAAAAAAAAUUCUAGAUUAAGGUAAUCCCUUUAUCCUAAAAUACCAAUUAUUGACAAGUAGCGACUGACUCGUGGAAGCCCAGCAGUUAAUAGGUUUAUCCGUUGCACCUCGUUUUAAACGCACAGGCAGCAGUAUAAUUUUUUUCAGGGAUAAGCUAGAUGUCUCAGUAUAUUUGUCUCUAAAAAGAAAUCUUUGUACAUUUAAAUACAUCGGUUUUUUAAAAAAUUGAUUUCAGUAACAAACCUAUCCUUUGAUUUGAAUGGUUUCAUAUGGAAUUAGUUACAUACCAGAUUGUAUUAUGUACAUUACGAAAUAUGGGCCUUGUGUAAAUGUCUAACUGCUUCUGCAAAACAUCGAGGAGACUGGUUGCUGUGAUAUGCUCAGCAAAGUAGAGUCUCCUGUUUUUUAUAGUGUGUUAUUGUGAAUCCUUGAAUAUUACAUAAGUACCAUAUUCAAAGCGAAUGGAAUCAUAGCAAUCGUAGGCUGAAAGGGGCAUCUGAAGGUCACCCAGACUACCCUCUGCCUAUCAUCAGGACUACUUGAAUUAUCCUGGGCAAAUGGCCUAUCAUUUAAAAAAGAUCUCCAAUGAAGGUGAUUCCAAAACCUUCUUUGGGAAGCAACCCUCCAAUCAGAGUUGUUUCCUUCAUCUUAAAUCUCUUGCUGCAAUUUAAGCCAGCUUUCUCUUGCUUUCUUAAAUUGGCGUGGAAUACAGCUGCCUGCAAAACCUCCUGGUGAUAUUAAAUCUGUUUUAAGGCAGAUCUCCAUUUUUUACUGGUUGCUUCAACUUUUCUGCCUCUUCUCAAACUUCCAUUUUACCUGCUUGUUCAUUUUUGGUUGCUUUCUCUGGACCCUCUCCCAGUUUCUUUACAAGACUCUCAUAUGGGGAGCCCCAUAUUGGACAUAUUUAUUUUAAUCACCUCACCCAUUUGGUGUAUAGUGGAAUUUCUUCACAGUUGUUAAUUAUUAUGCUUCUAUGAAUACAUCCCAGUAUCAUGUUA